AUGUCAUCAAAAGCUUUACGUUCGCUUAUGAAAGAGCGACAACUUGCCAAACGAAUUCAACAUGAAUACGCCAAAUAUGAUACGAUUGGAAAACUAACCUGUACUCUUUGUAACGGUCUCGCUGUUAAAACAGAAGCACUGUGGCCUUCUCACUUAACUUCAAAACAACAUCGUUUAAGUCUUCAAAAUCAAAAAUCAUCUCUCCAAGUGAACUCAGCUUCUAGUGCAAAAAGAAAGUCAGAAGUACCUACUUCCGAUCAAGAUGUAUCAGAAAACACAGAAGGCUCAACUUCGAAUUCUCUUCGUGAGACUAAAAGGACAAGAUUUGACGACACACUACCAGAAGAAGAAGCUGAAGAAGUAGACGAAACACCUACCUCAAACCUUCCAUCGGGCUUUUUUGAUGACGAAUCACAACGACCUCCACCACGUUCUAAAUCUCCAGACGAAACAGAUCCUGAUCCCAUACAAGAAGAUCCAGAAUGGGCAGCUUUUGAAGCUUCUUUAGCUACCAAAGAAGAACCAGAAGAUCAAAGUUCUGUUUUUACAAAAGCUUCAAUAUUUGUUGAACCUGUACCGUAUAAUGAGAAUGGGAUACCAGAAAAUGAACAUCAAGUUAACAAUACAGACCUAUCUGAACAAGUGAAAGAAGAAGAAGAAGUUGAGGAAGAAGAAGAUCCGAUUGAAAAAAAGAUCAGAGAAGAGAAAGAAGAGAUCAUGGAAAGAAUUCAAAACUAA